AAUGUCUUAGAUCAGGUUUGAAAUCACAUAGGGCACUACGUAUUAAAUGAAAGAUGGGGUUAAAAUUAAUGAAGUUAAUUUUACUCGCGGUGUGUGCUGUAUGUGUCAGCGGGAGGCGCUUGCCGACUGGCCGAAAUGACACCACGGAAACUGAUAAUCAUCAAAACAACCCGUUAUCGGAGUGUCACUACAGCGACCCGGCGGUGAGCAAGUGCAUCGAGCGCGUGGCGACGGCGGCCCGCAGCGUGCUUGCUCGUGGCGCGCCCGCGCUGGGCGUGCAGCCACUCGAGCCGCUGCGCGUGCCCAGCAUCCGCCUGCGCCAGCACAACGUGCCCGCGCGCAGCUUCAAGUACGACGCCUGGCUCGCCGACGUCACGCUCCACGGACUCACCGACUACUCUUUCAACAGAUUAGAUGUUUACCCAGAAGAGCUGAAGGUCACCACGAACAUCAGCUUGCCGCUUCUGGCCAUGUUCAGCGAGUAUGUGAUACUCGGAGAAUUCCAAAUGCUUCCCGUUGAAUCUACUGGGAAGAUGUCUGUCAAUUUUACUCAGUGCACGGCGUCGAUCGAGGCGGUGGGCGCGCGCGCACAUAAGCGGCUAGUGGUGCGCGACGCCGCCGUGCGCCUGCGCUGCGCGGGCCCGCUGCACGCGGACCUCAUGGAGGCGCACUCCUCCACCAGCGAGAUGGAAAUGAUAACGGAGCACAUAGCGCGCAUGCACGCCGGCGACAUCGCGGGCGAGGUGCAGCCCGCGCUGGAGACUGCGCUGGCCAUGGUGCUGGAGGACGUGGCCAACAAGUUCCUCAAGCACCUCCCUGCCGACUCUGUCUUCCCCAACUAGCACUAUUGAUUUACACUGAUACUGCCUCAUUGACACCGUGCUACAGCUUUCAGUAUUUUUUUGUAAUAAUUGUAGUGUUUGUAAUAUAAAUAAGCUCUGUGGCCGUUCGCAAUCUUUACGCCGGACAGGAUAGCGACCUAGGCCUGUGUACCGGGGCGAUGGGCGCCGUGGCGGGCUGUACAUGGUAGGUAUUUAGUACAUACUAUGUACUUACCGCCUAUACCUAUGUGUGUAAUGAAGAAAUAUUUUAUUUCACUAAGCAAAUAACAAACAAACAAUUUUAAGGCUAGAUAAAGUCAAAUUUACGAAUUUAUCCAUUUACGCCGAGUAAUAUGUCACACCUUUUACGAUAAAAAAAUCAGUGGAUUUUUUUUAGUAUUAUUGAGGUUUUUGCUGAAACAUUUGGAUGAAUGAGUUUUCUUUCUAGAGAAGGAAAAAUAGCAAUCAUACAAAUGUAUUUAACAAUAAAUCCUUAAGUUUCUUAUAGUUAUACCUAAUAGUACAUAUUAAAUUAAUGAAGAGGUAUGUAUUAUUGAACUUUCGAUUAAACAUACGCAAUUUUAAACAAUAUUUUGAGGCUGCCCUGUAAGUGUUUAACAUAAUUUAUUCCUUGGAGUAUGUAGGUACCUAUUUAUUAACCGACUUCCAAAUCUAAAAGGAGGAGGUUAUGAAUUCGGUUGUAUGUUUUUUGAUACACAAUUUUUACCUACUAGGUAUAAAUAUUGUACAAUGUUGAUGGAUGAAUUUAGGAUUUAAAUAAAAUGUACUGCGAUAGUUCUUUAUACGAUAACAGUGUAUUAUUUUUAAUUCUAUGAAAUUAAAAAAAUAUAAGACAAAACCCGACUGCAAAAAAGCUAUCUUUAGAAAAAAAUUAAAAAAAAACUGAAAAGCAAAAAACAAGUUCAGUAGUCAAGAACAUUGAAUCAGUUUCAUGAUUAACAUUUCGUAUGUCAAUUUUGGGCCUUGGAGUUUAAAAAUAAUGUCCAAAUCGCUUGUGACGGAUCCGGAACGAGGCAUACGAAUCGUUAUGACACAGAUAAAACAAACUAUACAUUCUUAUACGAAACACCAACUUCAACAGUCGGGACCCAUUAUUGUCGUCAACAUUAGUGCCGCAGCCUAGACUUUUAAUGGGUCCCGACUGUUGAAGUUGCUGUUUCGUAUAAGAAUGUAUAGUUUGUUUUAUCUGUGUCAUAACGAUUCGUAUGCCUCGUUCCGGAUCCGUCACAAGCGAUUUGGACAUUAUUUUUAAACUCCAAGGCCCAAAAUUGACAUACGAAAUGUUAAUCAUGAAACUGAUUCAAUGUUCUUGACUACUGAACUUGUUUUUUGCUAUUCAGUUUUUUUUUAAUUUUUUUCUAAAGAUAGCUUUUUUGCAGUCGGGUUUUUUUAUU